CUCCAACAGCUGCUCCAUUGGAUUUCACGGGCAGCCUGCGGUUUUUAGCUUAAUGAAGCUCUGGGAAACAGAUUUGUUUAAUUAUCAGACCUUCUGUGUGAAUUUGAACGGGCAGAGUUCAGAUGAAGAGGCACUCUGGGGGCAUGACUUUGCAUGUUUGUCUCACUUGUGAACAUAGAAUGAAAACAAGUUGAUGAGGGGUAGGAUGGGGUGAGAAAACAAAAUGUUUGGGAACUGAAAGUUCUCCCUUGUACUGGGCACAUUUUUGAGACAACAUGGUGGAGUUCCUGUGGAGGACGUGGAUCCACAUACAGUUGUCUCAAAUGUGACUAUCCGCACACCACAAAGUAUGGCUUCGAUUUUACCUGCUUCCAAAAAACCCAUGAGAUCUGAGCAGAAUACAUACGUUGGAAAAAGUUUUGUUCAUGUUAAAAAUCUUUACCUGGAUUCUAUGGAUGAAGACAUUCUCUAUCACUUGGAUUUAGGAACAAAAACACACAACCUACCAGCAAUGUUUGAGGAUGUAAAGUUCGUUUGUCUCGUUGGUGGGAGCCCCAACAGGAUGAACGCAUUUGCACUGUUUAUGCAUAAGGAGCUCAGGUUGCAGGACAGCGGGGAGGACAGAAAGGAUUGUGCGGGGACAGACAGAUACUGUAUGUACAAAAUCGGUCCCGUGCUCUCCAUCAGCCAUGGCAUGGGGAUCCCCUCCAUUUCGAUCAUGCUGCAUGAACUCAUCAAAUUACUGCACCAUGCCCAGUGCUGUGAUGUCACCAUGAUCAGAAUGGGUACAUCAGGGGGAAUAGGGGUCGCACCGGGGUCUGUUGUAAUAACAGACACAGCUGUGGACCACUCCUUCUUCAAGCCCAGAUUUGAACAGGUUGUCUUGGACAACGUUGUCACCCAAAGUACUGAACUUGACAAGGAACUGGCGGAGGAACUAUUCAACUGCAGCAGAGAAAUUCCCAACUUCCCAACCCACACUGGACAUACGAUGUGUACAUAUGAUUUUUAUGAAGGCCAGGGUCGACUAGAUGGAGCCCUGUGCAGCUUUUCCAGAGAGAAAAAGGCAGAUUACUCGAAGAGAGCACAGAUAGUUGCUGUCAGGAAUAUUGAGAUGGAAUCUACAGUGUUUGCAACCAUGUGUAGACGCUGUGGUCUGAAAGCUGCUGCGGUCUGUGUGACACUCCUGGACAGACUUGAAUGUGACCAGAUCAACUUGCCCCAUGAUAUCCUGGUGGAGUACCAGCCACGGCCCCAGCUCCUAAUCUCCAACUUCAUCAAACAGCGGGUUGGACUGCAUGACCAGCCAUCAUAACUGGGUAGCCCAACUCUUCCCUGCAAGUUCAAGUUGUCAUGUUGACAUUACAUAUCAUUUGUGGCAUUUUCAUAGAGUUCUCAUCCACAUGCUAAAAUCAUAAUAGAGUGAUUUUAUAAAAACCCCUUUCUCCUAAAAAAAAUGAAUUUAUUUUACAAGAAUUUAAUACAUUCAUUAAGUUCAGAUUUUAUUUUAGAAGUCAGUAUAAUAAUUAAACAUUUAAAACUCCUGAACUGUGACAUUUGGAGUUUCAUAUGCAGCAUUAAUUAAGCUCAUAUCAAAAUAGAUCAGCCAUUUGUAGACACGGUUCCCGGUCACUGUUUCGGAAACCCAUCCAGAAAUUCAUGAUAGAAUGUUGUCAGGCACCAUCGGUAUUGGUCAAGUGACAGGAAUAGAUCAUGCACACUCAAAAUAUUUACAGAAAAAACUGUGCAUGUAAGAUAGGUCUACAUUAAAAAGCAACCCUUUGGGAAAUAUGACCAUACUUCUUUCUCCCCUUGCGUGAUCUCAGCACACCACAGAGUAGGAUUAGAGGCUUACAUUUGCCUAUGUUUGUGGUUUUCUCAUGAAAUAUAAUCACGUUUAUUUUCAAGUGAAAACCCUCAGUAAUGCAAAGAUUCUCAUUUUUCUUCAGAAAUCACAAAUGAUUCGACCAUCUUCUAACAAUUUUUUUCCUUUGAAGGAGAUAUAUUUUGAGGAGGUUGUAUUUUUUAUGUUAUUUCCAUAUUUACCUAAUAAAUGGAGGAAUUAGUCACAACUGACUUUAGACUUGAGUUCAAAAUGUUAAAGCCUUCCUUUUGUGUGACUUUGAAGCAGGUCCUGCCCACACCCUGCCUGUCCUCCUAUUCAGUUAGACCCUCUGGGAGGCAGAGUCCCAUGGGCUCUGAGUUGAUGCUCCUGGAGGGAGGGG